GAGAUCGCGCUCCCUCUCAGAUCAGCCCCCAUCCCAGCCCACCAACCCCGUUGCCCGCCGGUACACCACCACGGCAAUGGCGUCGGCGUCGCGGAUCCUGCUCGUGGCCGCGCUGCUCUUCGCGGCGUCGGCAAUGACGUCGGCGCAGAAGGCGAAGGCGCCCGCGAAACCCGCCCCCGCGGCCGCCGACGCGCCCGCGGCCGUCGAGGCGCCCGCGAAGCCCGCCCCCGCCGCCGCCGACGCUCCCGGCGCGGCCGCCGCCGACGGGAAGCCGCCGACGGACGUGACGGCGGUGCUGGAGAAGUCCGGCAAGUACUCCAAGUUCUUGGCGCUGCUCAAGGAGACCCGCGUGGAGACGCAGAUCAACGCGCAGCUGACGGACAGCUACAACGGGCUGACCAUCUUCGCCCCCACCGACGCCGCCUUCGACGGGCUCAAGGCCGGCACCUUCAACACGCUGACGUCGCAGGAGCAGAUCCAGAUGGUGCUCUACUGCGUGCUGCCGCGCUUCUACUCGCUCUCCAUGCUCGGCACCCUCAACGGCAAGGUGAGCACGCAGGCGUCCGGCCACUCCGGCCCCUACACCUACAAGAUCAAGCCCUCCGCCAACAACGUCAACGUCUCCACCGGCGUCAAGGGCAACAACAUGCUCCUCGGCAGCGUCGUCAGCAAGGACUUCCCGCUCGCCGUCUACUCCAUCGAAAAGGUGCCGCUCCCCUACGAGCUCUUCGGCCCGCAGCCGCCCACCCCGGCGCCGGCCCCGGCCCCCGCGCCAACCAAGUCCAAGCCCAAGAAGAAGAAGAAGUCCGCCGGGAUCGCCGAGGCGCCCGAGGCCGACGACGCCACCGCCGACGACGACACCGAGAAGUCCGCCGCCGCGUCCCUCACCAGCGUCGCCAGGUGGACAGCCGUCCUCGGUGCCGCCGUCCUCGGCGCCAUGUUCUGAUCCGAUCCGAGAUCCGAGAGGAACAAACAACACAAGGUGGUGGUGGUGCCAUCUUUCUUGCACCGUGCGUGGUCGAGUUGCAUUGACGGGUGGAUCUAUUAGUCGAUCCCUGUACCGAUACUGUGAUGAUGUGUAUGUCCAUCGGCUUCAUUCUUUCUUCUUCUUCCUUUUCCCUUUCUUCCUUGUUUUCUUCUUGUUGAUGAUGAACACUCGAUUCUUGUCCUCUGGUUUUCUCGUUUGGUCUGUAUCCUGUAAUUUAUGUGAUAUACUAGUGCUUCUCGAAUUCAUUCA